AUGUUGGAGUUGCCAUCUACGUGGGGUGUUACACCCUACCGUUACCACGGAGUCUACCCCUCUGUCAGUUCAAGCACGGGUUCAGACUCUUUUGGUCGUUAUCGUGAGUGAUCGAAGUUGACCCUUCUGGCCGGAUUCAUUUGUGGUGUGGUUGGCAAACGUAAGAGACCUGGGUCGAUAAUUUGAGGAAAGGGAGAUGCUCACCGGAUCGAGGGAAUUGUUUGGUUGACGUCUCGAAGGCCUUGGGUGGCUGUCUAUUCAAAGUUUUGAUCGAUUUUGGUACUAAACGCCUUGAUAAUGGACAGCCGCUCAAGCUCUUCGAAACGUCAUCCAAACAAUUCCGUCAAUCCGGUGAGCACUUCCCUUUACUCAGAAAUGUAGGUACCUGGUCUGACUGACAAAGACAAUUGAGACUGGAAAAGCCAACAUAUCGGGAGUGCAAGGGGGGUUGCAGUGGCCUCCGCCCUUAACUGGGUUUCUAACCUGUUCGGCCGUACUGGCCUCCUUCAUACACACAGAUCUUUAGAUUCGAAGUCCCUUUAAAAGGCUCCGGAGGGAUAAAUGUCCCCACGUGGAUCCCUCAAUGCCCGUUGAAGAGGACGGCUAAUACCGGAGCGCACCAAACACCUGUAUUUUCCGUCUGUGUACAUCACACUUUUAAUAAUUAUAUGAUCAAUGCUUAUUAAAAGACAUUUCGUGAUCAAAACCCGUGUGGCAACCUCCACGGCGUAUUCUGCCACAUUUCCAAACGGAGGUGAUGAAUGCGAUGAUUCAGACAAUGCUUGAGUCAGGUGUGCUAUGCCCUUCCCACUCACCCUGGGCAUCAGAAAACUUUUCGUCGGGUAUUUGGGUGUAUUUCUGUGCAAUGGCUGCUCUUAAUUCGGCGAUUGUUUCCGGUUUUGUGGCGUCGACUUUGCCUUUCAUGUAGCCUCAUUAAAAAGUGUAUAGUGUGAGGUCUAGUGAAGGAGGAGCGUAUUCUAUGAAACCCCUUAGUCCAAUGCACCGACUUGACAAGAGCUCACCAAGGCAGGGUCUUACAUCACAGUGGUUGUGUGGAGGUGUCCCAUCUUGCUGAAAGUAUAACUCCUCGCGUUCAGACUUUAGUCUGACUGCCAUUAUUGACCCCAACUGCUUAAAGCUGAAUUAAGAAUAAGCAUCAAUUCAGCAAUAAAUAAUUAGUCUAUACAUAUAUACUCCAUUCCUUCAUAAUAAUCAAGCCUCUUUGUAAGCCGUUUUCGCCAGGGAGUUUUCUUUUUGCUAAUCUCUAUGCAUCGCCGAGGGCUCAGAGAGGACUAUACUAAACAAAUAUCGUUCUUAUUUUCGCGGUAGUCCCUCUUACUAGGGCGUUUUGCUCUUCUUUAUAUCCUGCUAACUUCAACUUGAUACGAAGCUUUCAUGGCCCCUCGGCAUGGUUACCGGGGUAGCAGAAGGCCAUCACUGCAUGAUAGUCAUAAAUCCAAAUUUAUGUUUGAGCCUUAACUCAUAAAGCCAUCUCACUUCUCACGCCUUUUGGGCAGUACAAGUUGCUUGAAUUGAACUCCGCUUAGAAUUGACAGCUCAGAUGGCAAGUAUGUCUACGGAUGCCAUAAUUGGCCGCCUCCGCUAUGGAGGACAAUAAGUGUUGAAGUAAUUUCCUUCGGUGCAAACCACUCCCCGAAAUGUACUCUGUUUGCACAUGUCUUGAAUGAAUGUAUCCAUCAUUCGGUUUUAGAUGUUUUAUCGAUAAUGAACACACGCUUAUUCAACCGAAGGACAAGGCUAUUCCCCUAUCCCCACAUCGUCUCUGUUGUUUUAUUGAGAAGUCGUUUGUCGAUACCAGUAGUUUUCCCCUCGUCUCCUAUUACUUACUUUAACUCUACAUUUAGACUGGACCCUCCGAAUGAGUUCCGAUGUGUCUGGAAAUGAUAGAAAGGGGUGCUAGUGUUAGAUACCUUGAAUCGCAUUGAAGUGACAUCUUUUUCUCAUUAGAAUGCACGAUGGUACAUGCUCCUUUUCGUGGGAGUUGGCUUUUUUUGACCAGAACUGGCAAUUCCACUAUCCCUAGACGGUAUUAACUCAACAGAGCUUUGUUUCUUUCCAUCAGCUACUCCGUAUUCGACUACGAUUACGCAAUAUCUCGUUACUUUUCCAACAAGUCGACGCCAAUCGUCCUGUUUAUGUAGUGCCGACAGAGGUACGCCGAGAAGAACUGCGGAGAGGAAGGCAGUAGCUGUUUCAGGCAUAUGCACCUCCGAUCAACGCGUGCGACCUAAGGCUCUGAGAUGCCAACCGGAGCGAUGUGACCCCCCUCCUCCCACCCCUACGGUGCAGAUAUAUGUGUAUUAUUCUCAGUCACAUAUGCACUUUUCGAAUUCGCCAGUGCGCCCGUAUUGUUGCUGAGGGUGGGGAAUUCAAAGCGUUAGCGCUCGAGAUGGGUUGUUUUUAGCGACUGUGAAUUGUUGUGCGUAGUUGACUUCUUUUCUCCUCGAGGACCUGCUUAAACCAGUCAGGGUGGAACCCGGGGGGGGGGGUGUGGAGAGGCUGUAUGAUUGACCGGUGAGUUAAAAGCGCUCGGUUUUUAUUUACUCUGUGAACGGUUUUCCCCGAGGCAACGCCAUAACGCGGGCUGGGGAGUGGAAACUGCACAAAUCCUGUAAGCGUUCCUAUUUUUUUUUAAUGAGCUCUGGCGUACAUCAUUUCCAGAGGACUGUGUGUAGUUUCUGCCUCCACCAGCUCAGCUUGAUCCGUAGCUAAAUGUUUUGACUAUUAGACUGCCUGUAGCCUCAAAAGGCUUGAUCUGAAUUCCAUUUCGGGGCUCGGUGAUCUGAGGUUUAAGUAUGACCAGCCCAGGAUUUCACGUAACCCAGAGACAAUCAUCCAGUUUCUCUGUCUACCUACUACACCUCUGGGUUUGUUGUCACUCGAGCGACUUUUACCGCGUCAAGCACCUCGGGCAUGACUCAGCCUGUGAACGUUCCCAGUUUAAACCGACAUUGGUAUUUAUCCCUACUAUUUCAACGAUUUUGAGUUGUUGACGCGUAGUUUUCUCCUGAAUCGCCAGCUCCGAUUGUUCCGCAAAUCAGCUUACACUCAUCCCAGACCUGAUGCUAUCAUUAUUAUCGAAAACAGCCGGAUCACAUCUGCGAGCGCCACUUUUUACAAGAUGUGAAUGCAUCCGAUGGCAGUCAACACAGCCUGACGCCUACCUAUGUAAGCCAAUUGUCAGAUCUCGUUUCACCCCAGAGCAACUGAUUCGAGUUCAUACCUCUGGUCUUCCUGACCUGCAAUUGGUGCAUGGCCGACUGACGAGCUCGCGUAAGUCAGAAACUGCCUCGUCGCUGCAUUUCGCUCGACCCUUGGCCAUUCUUCAUCAGUCCACAGCUUUCAAGAGCCGUGGUCAGGACCCCAUUGAAGAACGGAGUGAGUACGUCGCCGUCGCCAAAUAUGCCAGAUGGUUAUUGGCAACUUUCGACACGAUGCCAGUAUGCUGUCUGCCACCGAAUUCGAGUCUACACGGAUGUUAACUAUACAGUCAACUAUUCAGUAACCCUGUUUCCAUCGCGACAGUUCCCUUCAGAAAUGACUCCUCUCCCUCAGCUCACAAUAUGUUCUGUUCGGGCGCGAAGUGCCCUUGCCUUAGGAUCUAAGACCUCACCUGUGUCUUCCGCGCCUAGAAUUUGGUCUAGCAUGGUUCUUAUCGGUCCUUUAGAGCUGCUGAUCAACGAACGUCGGCGUUCCCUGAACCGAGCAGCCAAGGCGAUGCGAUCGGAUUCGUCUUCAACGACAUGCUCCAAAGUGACCGGGGCUUCUUCUGCAGUGACAACUUCUGCGUCUUCUGGUGGUUUCUCUGUUGUUCUGCCACCGCACUUACGGCCCUCAAUUCUUCGUGCUCUCUACACGGUGGGACUCAUCUGCAAGCACUUUUCCCUUGAGGACCUUGCAACAACCGCUUUUAAUCUUACCAACGACCCCUCCGCUCCCAUCCGCUCCUCUGUGAAUUUGGGUGUCCUGACACAACAGGUGAGUCUCACUGUUGUAAUUCUCACCUAUAGUGUCUUUAUUGUUCAUUGUUUACGCAUGUGUGUCCUGAGUGUGUACAGUGAGUGACCGAUCUCAUGAAAUGUUGGCUGAAAUGCUGAAAUGCGUUUUCGAUUAGGAAGGAUUACUUGGUCGCGGUUAUAAUACUGAUUAUAUUCAGGCAUACUCUUAUAACAUUUCGGACUCGGCAGGAUGUCGGCUUUUAAAUUCACUUCUUUUCAAUCUCCUAUAAACAUCGUGAUUGGUAAAAAAAAUGACUACUUAAGUAGCAUGCAUUUUCCCAUUGAUUUUCGAUGGUCUUGGAAAUUCAAAUAUAUUUUAUAGAAACCAUAAACAAAAAUUGCUUUCUUUUAGUCACUCAAUAGAGAAUCACGUCUUCUUUAUAUUUUAUAGUUAAGGAAGGAGUAUAAUUAGGUUUUAAAAAAGUUUCUAAUCAUGACACUUUUUAAGACCGCAAAAUGUCCGCUUACAUAGCAUCGUACCUGACCGUUUACCACUGCUCCUCAUGAAAUGUACAACAUAGUCCGCAUCCAUUGCAAAAUUUUAUGGAUUCUGCAUGAUAUCUCUUUAAUGGCAUAAAAAUAUGUGAUUUUCUUUACGCGGAACGCAUGCACCUUGUAGAGUGAAAUCAGUAAGCGCUAAUGCAACGAAUGAUCAGAUUCCAAGUUAUUCGGUAAUUAGAAAACUUUUAAAAAACCUAUUUAUACUCCUUUCUUAAGUAUAAAAUAUAAAGAAGACGUGAUUCUCUAUUGAUUGACUAAAAGAAAGCAAUUUUUGUUUAUGGUUUCUAUAAAAUAUAUUUGAAUUUGCGAGACAAUCGAAAAUCGAUGGGAAAAAUGCAUGCUACUUAAGUAGUCAUUUUUUACCAAUCACGAUGUUUAUAGGAGAUUAAAAAGAGGUGCAUUUAAAAACCGACAUCCUGCCGAGUCCGAAAUGUUAUAAGAGUAUGCCUUAAGAUAAUCAGUAUCACAACCACGCCAAAGUAAUCCUUCCUAAUCGAAAACGCAUUUCAGCAUUUCAGUCAACAUUUCAUGAGAUCGGUCACUCACUGUAAGUGUGGCACGUUAGACGGAGGCUUUCCGUCACAUCCAGUCAGCUCGGCGCGAAUUCCAGUGGUCCGCGGUUCGAUCUUUAUGUCGCAGCAAGCGUUUUCUGGUUGUGUGACUCCCCUGUUGUCCUUCUGAGUAGAACUUCCUGUCAGGUUGGGUCAAGCACCUGGUGCGCCUGGGAAUUCUAUUUAUAUAUAAUUGUCGAACAGAAAAUUCUGUCCAGCUCGAGCAGUUAAUCUGAGAUCUCCAGGUUGCCAUUUUUCAGUGCUCGUAACUUACAAAAAUUAGGGAAACUUUGAUUCCAUUGCCUGUCAGUUUUACAUGCUUUUUACCAGCAAGGCCGACCAACCGACAGGCGAACCCUUCAGAUAUUGGCAACUAAGUUCAAAUGACGGUUUCAACUCUGGUCCAUAGGUUAUCGCGUUUUCGUCCCUUCCCCCCACUGUUGUCUGUGUGCUGCUGUAAAUCUCCAUUUCUCCAGACGAAGCGCCUGUUGUUACCAGGUCAAGUCACCAGCGAUUGCUUCUACUUCUUAUCAGACAGCAAUCUCUGAAAGAUGGGUUCGAGCGACAAUCCGAAACCUCGGGCGAAUCAAGCUCUUGUUCCAGCGAUCCUGUCUCCCUCUUAUCGACUAGAUUGCUUCUGGUCAUUUUCACUACUACUACUACUACUACUACUACUACUACUACUACUACUACUACUACUACUACUACUACUACUACUACUACUACUACUACUACUACUACUACUACUACUACUACUACUACUACUGCUGCUACUACUACUACUACUACUACUACUACUACUACUACUACCACUACUACUAA